AUGUCUGGCGCAAAGGCCAGGCUUGAGAGCGUCUCUGCGCAGCUCCAGCCGCAGCAGAGAGACGCUGCUUCACUCAGCAGGAACCGACAUACCCUCUCGCCGACCUUCUUCCUGCCUCGCGCAGCUGCAAUCGAGCCAGAUGCCGAAGCCAUAUACCACGUUACGGCGAACAACAAGGUCGUCCGGAAGACAUACCAGCAGUUUUCAGACAGGGCGAGGGGACUUGCAUACUACAUCAAGAAGCGUGGGUACAGGCGAGUGGGGAUACUGGCCCCGAACACGCCUGGGUUCCUCGAGUCGAUAUUCGGCAUCGCUGCAGCCGGCGCAGUCAACGUCGCUAUCAACUACCGUCUAAAGGCAGAGGACAUUGCAUACAUCUUCACGCACGCCGACGUUGACUCCAUCAUCGUCGACAAGGAGUUUGUGCACUUGCUGGAUGAGUUUCGCAAGAGCAGCCCCCAUAUACCCUUGAUAGUCGACACAGACACCGACGCGGACGAAGGGGAGCUAAGCGGAGACCUUGACGCCGCCAUCCUCGAAGGGCUGAAGCAUGACGAGCAGCAAGGGGCCCCCGGAUGGGAUGGGUUAGAGGCUCAGGCGGCGGAUGAGGAGUCGCUAAUUGCGCUUGCAUACACCAGUGGAACGACGGCAAGGCCAAAGGGGGUGGAAUAUAUCCAUCGAGGGUGCUAUCUUGCUGCGCUCGGGAACAUCAUCGAGUCGGGAUUGAACUUCCAGCAAGGAAGAUGCGGCUACCUGUGGAUUUUGCCUAUGUUCCAUGCCAUGGACUAUCCUGAGAUAUGGCGGAUGUUGAAGCAAGAGAACAUCACUCACUUCAACGCCGCUCCCACGGUCAACACUCUGCUAUGCGCCGCAAAGGAGGCAGAGAGACUGUCACGGCCGGUCAGAGUUACCGUGGCUGCCAGUCCGCCCACUGCCCAUCUCUUUGAGCAGAUGACCAGCGUCAACCUUCAUCCGGUCCAUGUCUACGGCCUCACAGAAACCUAUGGCCCCAUCACAAAGGCGUAUCAUAUGCCGUUGUGGGACACAAUCCCACUCAAGGAGAAGUACAAGAGGAUGGCCAGACAGGGCCACGGCUUUCUAACCAGCCUGCCUGUCCGGGUUAUCAAGACUGAUGUUCCUGAGGGCACCAUCAUCGACGUCCGCAAGGACGGCCAGGAGAUUGGAGAGAUCGUGUUCACGGGCAACAUCUGUGCCAGAGGCUAUUACAAGGAUGCAGCAGCCACCGACAAGCUCUUUGCCGGCGGUGUCCUGCACUCUGGUGACUUGGCUGUGUGGCAUCCAGACGGAGCCAUCCAGAUCCUCGACCGGGCAAAGGACAUUAUUAUCAGCGGAGGAGAGAAUAUAUCCUCUGUCGCUCUCGAAGCGAUGCUGGCCACGCAUCCAGACAUCCUCGAAGCCGGCGUCGUAGCCGUCUCGGACACCCACUGGGGCGAGAGACCCAAGGCCUACGUUACCAUCCAGGCCGACAAGCAGGUCACCGGCCCUGACAUCAUCGCCUGGGCCAAAAACUCCAGCGGCAUCAGUCGAUUUAUGGUGCCGCGGGAGGUCGAGAUCGUCCCGGAGCUGCCAAAGACCAGCACCGGCAAGAUCAAGAAGAAUGUGCUGCGCGAAUGGGCCAAGGGCGCCUCGCAAGCUUCAUAG